CGCAAAAAUCGCCCCCUACAAUACGUCUUUUUCAUCGUUAAAUUUGCAAAUAGCUUCUUUCGUUUCGUGGCUGAACUUCGUCUUUCCCCCUUUUCUUUUAUUUUGUCAACUAAUCAUGUACUUUUUUUUUUUACUUUAAACGCAAAAAAUUAACGCAAUACGAAGAACAGACCCAACAUUUUCCCGCUAUCGGCCUAUCGCUGUUGGACGACAACUGUUGGCAUUCGUGUCGCAGAAAGAUUUGCGGCGCAGCCAACCACAAGGUGAAAAUUUUGGACAAAACAUCGGCCGAAUUGUGGUCACAAUGCGAAGCUGUGAUCUGCUCCAAUCUGAAAAGCCUCGUAAAAGUCGUAAAUUUAAAUCGAAAAGAAAAAAUAAAUUAAUCAAAGGCACGUUUAAUAAUUUUUAUGACACACCACACAAUUCCUCUUUGUAAUUUUUUCGGAGCACAAACAUUACGAUUGUGGCGACCCUGGUCAAAUUGUCAAGGAAACCGCAGCGACCGCAGCUUUCAAAUCUUUUUGCAAUGACGGCUAACGCUGACGAGGAUAAACUUUUCCGCAUAAACAAUCGUUUGUGUCACUUUUCGAGAAACGGUGCGUAUCUAGCGGUAGCGUUUCAAGCGAAUCUGCUCAUAAAAGAUGCAAGGACUCUCGAUACCCGCCAAUCGUUCGUGUUCGUAGACGUGAUACAGUGUAUGGAGUGGUCCUUAAACAGCGAGUACAUUCUUUGCGCGAAUAUAAAACGAUCUGUCAUUCAGAUAUACUCGAUACGCUACCCCCAAUGGAAAUGUAAACUUACCGAGGGCAGUGCGGGUUUGCAAGAUGUUACCUGGGCUCCGGACAGCAAACACAUUCUCGUCGUAGCAGAUUUUCAUAUUCAAAUAUCUGUUUGGAACUUGGAAGAGCAGUCGGUAUCGUACAUACAGAAUGUAAAAUCGUCUUCCUUCGAUCAAUUACGUUUCAGCCCCAAUGGUAAGCGAUUGGCAGUGAUAGUUACGGAAGAAGGUCAAGAUAGAGUAGAGAUUUACAAGACUGAGAAUUGGAGGAUAAGUCGAAAACUUAUCUGCGAGCGUUUACGCGGCAUCGACGGGAUUCGCUGGUCGCCGAACGACGAAUUGCUAUGCAUAUGGUGUUCCUCCCCCGCUGAGCCCAAGCUCAUCAUUUAUUCCAACGCGUUGGAGAAACACGUGACGGCGUUUUCCCCGCUGGAAACGGCACAGCCGUCCACGGCGUGCAAUCAUGGGAAGGAGCUGAGAGGAAUUGAAAAUGUCGAAUGGAUCCCGAGCGGACAGUUGUUGGCUGUAAUCGGGUUUAAUGAAGUGGUCGUCCUUCUUAAUUACAUCACGUGGCAACCGUUGUCGAAGUUAUACCUGGAUCCAGUAAUCAGGGAAUGUAAUUACUUAACGAAAGUAUACAAGGAAUGCGCCGAUUCGGAGAAAGCUUCUAAUAAACGCUUCGCAUCCUGCGAGGAACGUGUUUUACGCGAAAUACACGAGCGGCCCAUAUGCAUUGAAAUUGGAAGGAAGGAUGAUAACGACAAUUUCUCGAUAGCAAAGAUGAAAUUGUGCGAAUUUAGCACAUGCGGACAAUACCUGGCCUUGAAGCACGAGCUUUAUCCUACCACACUGUGGAUAUGGGACAUCUGUACGGACUAUUUGGAUUAUUUGCUGCUUGAAAAUCCCAUUACAGCUGUCAAAUGGAGUCCCGUUCGGCCACAAUUGUUCGUGCUCUCCGAAUGUACGCGCGUGUACGAAUGGACCCGAAAAGGCGCAAGAUCUGUACCCAUGUCUAAAAAUAUGUCCGUUGUGGACGCGUAUUGGCACCCUGUGGGAGAAAAGGUUGCAUUGUGCGGCUAUAAUAAAGCGAUGAUUUAUGAAAUCACCAAUUCGAAUCUUAAUAAAUAAAAGUGUAUUAUUUCGAACGAUUUAUUUCGUAAAUCCUCGAACGCUCGAGAAGCGCAACGGAAAUGGAGUGGCGUCUACAUUACUGUCGGAGAAAGCGAGUAUCCGCGAAUGGUGACGCGGCCAUCCAUUUACGAUACAUUAUAUACGGAGAGGAUCAAAAGAUUCUAAGCGAGCAUGAUUAUGCGCUUUAUGUACUGACAUGCAAUUCCCCACCCGCGUAUGGAGAAAACAUAUUUUUCAGCGAUUCCUCUCCCGGAGGGCGAAGUAGCUCGACUCCGCUUGCCACACCGGCGUUAUCUUUCGUUUUAUCAGUAAGAAGACGAUCACUACGUGGGAAACGCCUAUUCUCCCGUCACGGUGUUAGCCGUUGCAAUGCCUGCUUGCGGUAAAUCGAGGAAGAUUUAUCCAUGAAGAUCGAUCUGUUUCUGCAAUCGCGAAAGGCAUGGAAAUAUUUAAGCGUCAU